AUGACUGCUGGAAUAAGUCAAUCUAGGCCAGGAGAGGACAACCCGGUGAGGGUAGAGAGACCUAAGCUACCGUUGAAGGCGAUCUUCAGAAUGACAGCAGGGACACUACUCCCUGCUGUAGGGACCUAUACUAUCAUUUGUAAAAUCGUCAAAAUAUAUGGCACAACUUUUGUUGCAUCCGGGGUGGCUAAGCGUGUGGCCGCCAUCUACAACCUGAGCCGCCGGACCGAGUGGUUUGGCCGCCGGCUUGAGACAAUGGGUCGUGAGAUUGCAGAUCUGUCCGCGGAGAUCGGGGGCAUACGUCUAACUAUCCUUACCAUGGUUCGGCACAAGCAAACGUACCGUGACGCCGGCAACAGUGGCGUGCGCGGGGGAAUUCGCGGAGGACGUGGAGGCCGUGGUCCAAGCGGGGCGCCCUGCCGGAGAUCUCCACAUCCACCGUCCGACGACAUAGACGGCGAGGAGACAAUCUCGAAGGUGAACUCCUUCGGCGAUUAUCAACCUCCGCACGUCGAGGCUGAGCCUAUUGCCGCGCACGACGGCCAAGAUGUGCGGCACCACGGCGUAGUUUUUGAGGAAGAUGACGACCAACAACGUGGAGAUGGCGAUGACCAUCGAUGGGAGGGCCCGUUUCGCGUGGACAUCCCCAAAUUCGACGGCGAGCCACAUGACGAGCCAUUGUACGAUGGUCCGUCGAUAUUGGAUGAGGAGCCUCCGGGGUCGGAGGAUUUCAACGUGGAGUGUAAUUCUCUUUACAGCACUAACAAAGACUGUGACCAACCUUUUGGGGGAGAGAGUGUGCAUGCUAGGGGCGUAGGUCCUGCUCCAAUCCCAGACGAAGAUUUUUCACUUCACAAGUUGGUAGAUGUAAUUAUUUGUAUGCUACAUCCUGAGGUUAAGCAAAGUGCCAUUGAACUGGCAAAAGCAAUGGAAAAUGACGAUGGUGUGAUUCUGACACGUCAUGACAAGUACUUUCAAGUUAUUGACCAUUCGGGUGGUGUUGAAUUUUUCAGUUUUGUGAUGCCUGAGGGUGGGAAAACGUCGGACGAUGAUUGCCAGGGGUACAACUCCGGUGGCGGCACGUUUGGUGCGGCUUUGAAGGCGACCUGUCAUGAGGAUGUCUCCAACGAGAACGGGUCGAAUUCGAGGGCGAAUCCUGCUCAAUCGGGGGAGAAUGGUGUAGAAUAA